AUGGCUUUUGGCGGUGCGUGCGACACAAGUGUCUAUCGCACAGCAAGCAGUCUCCUAAUCUCUGCGAAGCUGGUUUCUUACAAUUGUCCCAUGCGCAUGACCAGUGAGACAUUGUGGAUAAGGUAUUUUAUCAAGGCAGCUGAGGACUCUGCAAUGGCAAUGGGCGAAUCCUAUGAUCAAGGUGAUAAAGUGAAUGAAACGGAGAAACACAGAGACGGCAGCUCCGCGUCUUGUUGA